AUGGUGAAGAACGUGGAGGUUACUCAAGGUUUUUGGGGCGCCAAGAUGGCGGAGAGGGAGGUUGGGGGGACCCCCAAGGUGGUUUUUGGUUGCCCCAAGACGGUUUUUGGUUGCCCCAAGGUGGUUUUUGGUUGCCCCAAGACGGUUUUGGUCGCCCCAAGGUGGUUUUUGGGUGCCCCCCCCCAGGUGAGCCAGGAGAUCCUGGAGCUGCUCAACACGACGACGGCCAAGGAGCAGUCGAUCGUGGAGAAGUUCCGCUCGCGGGGGCGGGCGCAGGUGCAGGAGUUCUGCGACCACGGCACCAAGGAGGAGUGCGUCAAGGCCUCGGGCGCCGAGCGGCCCUGCCGGAAGCUCCACUUCCGGCGGAUCAUCAACAAGCACACGGACGAGUCCCUGGGCGACUGCUCCUUCCUCAACACCUGCUUCCACAUGGACACCUGCAAGUACGUCCACUACGAGAUCGACGCCUGCGCCGCCUCCUCGCCGCCCCUCAGCCCGGCCCGCGCCCGGCCCCGCGACCGCAGCCCCCCGCCCGACCUGCCCCGCGGGCCCCCCGCCGACGCCGGCGCCGACCGCCUCUUCCCCCCGCAG